ACACCCCGUCGUUUUUCCGUCGGGGGUUAAAAAUAGUUUGUUAAAGGAUGCCUACCUACCUAUAUCUACCUUUUUAUUAUGUAAUUAUGUAUAAUGUGUAUGUUUAUUUACAUAAUUAUAUUCAUCGAGGACUUGACUUGUUUCCUAUUCCUACUUUUGUUCUUAGGCUUUAUUUAUGAAUCUACGUAUUAAUAAGUUAAAAUCAUAUUUCAUUCUGAAUGGACAUGUAGUCUGGGAUCUAUAAUUAUUUAGGAUACUUAAUCAAGAUUAUUUUAAUAAAUAUUGUUUUUUAACACUUACGCUAGCUACUAGCUUGUCUGCUGAAUCUUAAUCUUUUUAUUAGACCCGACCCCGGUAAUUGCACACCGUAGUUACUUAUUGUUUGAGUUCAUGAGCAAACAUGUGCUGUAGAGCUGUUUACCUGGCCAUAUCCAAUGGUGUAUCAUUAUUAAUGUCGAUCGUCACAUCUGGUCACAAAUGUCUGUAUCACAAGUGCUGUCAAGAAACUUGCCUGCUUUCUCCGACAUCACACAAGAUCAUCCAGGAUAAAAUGUUACUGCCAAGCAUAUUAUUACCCAUUGAAAUAUUAUUAAACACAUUAAUAAAUCAGCAGUUGCAGGACUCUUUCUGCUUAACGUUUGUGACGGAAACAAAAUUAACCGUUAAUAUUCCCACAAACAUGAGUUAUAUGAUAAUACAGCCCAAUAACUCAGAACUGGUUGAUCAAAUUUUGUAUGCUUCGGAAAAAGGAUGUUCUGACUACAUAAUUCAAAUACAAGAGCCUAGUAACUUCAUGGUAGCUUUUGAGAAAGUGAAUCAUUUGGGAGAUAUAAGAAGAAGCGAUAAGAAACUCAUAUUUUUACCCUUUCAAGGUGACUCAGAUGAUGGAAGUGUUCUUACUGAUAUUUUGUCGCUGAUUGAGACUGGUUUUGUUGCUAAUAUACUGCUAAUAGUACCUUCUGUAAAAAGCUCAGACGAUUGUAAGGUGUAUGAUAUGAUAACUCAUACAUUUGUUGGCUCCGAUGAAGAAGUACAAAAACCAUUAUAUCUGGAUCUUUGGGAUUCUUGUACCGGCCGUUUCGAGAGAGGAGUGAAUCUGUUUCCUCACGACAUGUCGAAUUUAUACGGGAAGACAGUCAAAGUUGCAGCUUUUACGUAUAAACCUUACGUUUUAUUGGAUCUUGAUCCGUCUUUGAACCCUUUGGGCCGAGACGGCAUGGAAAUGAGAAUUAUCGACGAGUUCUGCAGGUAUUCCUAAUAAAAUUGCUAACAAAAUCUCAGGAGGUUCUAUUUGUGUUGGUAUUUUGUAGCUAUUGAGUACCAAAAAAGGUAAAAAAGUAUCCUACCGACUGCGCCAUGUAAUGUUAAGUAAUAAAAGAUUAUGGUUAUUGCACUCAGUUUAUUAUUUAGAAUUUCCUUUACACAUUUAUACACACGCGAUACCGAACACCGUCCAGCUCAGAGUGACCCUCAGUAUGGCUAAUCCUAAAAUUACUCGGUUCAUUCUAACAGAACACAAACUGUCUGUACUAAACAAAUGCUGAACUCUGUCUUUUACAAGUUAAGUAGUAAGUUCAGUAGGCUUAGCACAUGAUGG